CUCGCUUGGCACGAGUGGUGGGUAGUACUAAUUUAUACGAAAACUUUUGAACAACAUGUGUGAAGAGGACGUUGCCGCUCUUGUAGUAGAUAAUGGUUCUGGAAUGUGUAAAGCCGGCUUUGCCGGAGAUGAUGCCCCUCGUGCUGUUUUUCCAUCGAUUGUGGGUCGACCAAGGCAUCAGGGUGUGAUGGUAGGAAUGGGUCAGAAAGACAGUUAUGUCGGCGAUGAAGCCCAAAGUAAGCGUGGAAUCUUAACCCUGAAAUACCCUAUUGAACAUGGCAUCGUUACAAAUUGGGAUGACAUGGAAAAAAUCUGGCACCACACUUUCUAUAACGAGCUUCGUGUAGCACCAGAGGAGCACCCAGUCUUGUUGACAGAAGCUCCUCUCAACCCUAAAGCUAACAGAGAGAAAAUGACCCAGAUCAUGUUUGAAACUUUCAACACCCCAGCCAUGUACGUUGCUAUCCAGGCUGUGCUAUCCUUGUAUGCCUCUGGUCGUACAACUGGUAUAGUGCUGGACAGUGGUGAUGGAGUAUCUCAUACUGUACCUAUCUAUGAAGGCUACGCCCUCCCUCAUGCCAUCUUGCGAUUAGACUUGGCUGGUCGUGAUCUUACCGAUUACCUCAUGAAGGUCCUUACCGAACGAGGGUACAGUUUCACCACUACUGCUGAGCGAGAAAUUGUACGCGACAUCAAAGAAAAACUGUGCUACGUUGCUCUGGACUUUGAAAAUGAAAUGACCACUGCCGCUUCUUCUUCAUCGUUGGAAAAAUCCUACGAGUUGCCUGAUGGUCAAGUAAUAACUAUCGGUAAUGAAAGAUUCCGCUGCCCCGAAGCUAUGUUCCAGCCUUCCUUCCUGGGCAUGGAAGCUUGCGGCAUUCAAGAGACCACCUUCAACUCCAUCAUGAAAUGCGACGUGGAUAUCCGUAAGGACCUGUAUGCCAACACGGUGCUGUCCGGAGGAAGCACCAUGUUCCCCGGUAUCGCUGAUAGAAUGCAAAAGGAAAUCUGUGCUCUUGCUCCCAGUACAAUGAAAAUAAAAAUAAUAGCUCCUCCCGAAAGAAAGUAUUCUGUCUGGAUCGGAGGUUCCAUCUUGGCUUCUCUUUCUACAUUCCAGCAGAUGUGGAUUUCAAAACAAGAAUAUGACGAAUCUGGACCAAGUAUCGUCCACCGCAAAUGUUUCUAAAUACAACAGUCUGGCUAGGCGUUAAUAGUGCUAAAUUUUGAAGAUUUCUUUGGGAGUCCUUUAAGUUAUCGUGUAAGAAGUUUAUGGAACAUUAAGAUGAGAUUAAAGUCCGAAGCACUGUUCUAUAGUGUGUGUUUUGUUUUUAUGUUAAGUCUUACCAUCGGUGAGUUUUCGAAACAAACCUGGAGACCAGUGAUUGAGAAAUUUGCACUGUAACGUUUGUUUUUUAUUUGCUUUGGUUUUGCUGUCGCAUUUGAACCAUAGCAAUCCUUUUUUUUCACUCUAAUGGCUUGCCUUAAGUUUUGAGCAGAAUUAUCCAGAGAACUAUCUUACUAUUUGUAUUAAACAUAUAACAUGGAACUGCCAAUUGUGCAUUUAAUAUAUAACGAAUUUCCUAGUACACUUAACUUCUGAGAAUCUCGUAAAGUGUCAAUUUCAGUUUCGAAUAUUGUUAUAUAUAUAGUUUCAUUUUUGUUGUACAUUUAGACUAAAUAAAAA